GGAAAGAAAGAGGAAUUGCAUUUUGCCAAGUUCUGGAAGCUAGAAGUUCAAAAUCAAGGUGUUGGCAGAGCCAUGCUCCCUAUGGGACUCUUUCUUGGCAGGUGUUAACAGCUCCAAUCUACAGAUGAGAAAACUGAGGUUCUGAGAGAUGAAGUAACCUUCCCAAGAUCACAUAGCAAGUAAGAGUACUGGACUGGAGCGAACCAGACAGUCUUCAUGAAUUCAGCACCAGCCUAAGGAGAGCUCCCAGAACUGGAGGUGGUGAGGUGCUUAUGAGCCUAGAGUAAUUAAAGAUUUUGAGGUGUCAACAAAGCAGGUAAUUAGGUGGAGAAGGUAUCAGCUGUCUGAGAGACAAAGAAAGUAAUUAUGCUGAGCACUCUUGGCGCUGUCAGUAAACUCCAAAGAAAGAUUUGUUGGGAAGUGAUACUGUUUGAUAGAGACUUCAAUGCCUAGCAGAAAUGAGGGACUCUUGGUGAGGCUGCCUGGAACAGGAGAAAGGUUUAGGGAGCUUGGCAAACCUGGAUUCAAAUACCAGCUCUGCCUCCCACUGGCUGUGUGACCCUGGAGAAGUUACUUAACUCCUCUGAGUUCGAUUUGUGAUGUGCAAAAUAUUGAUAAGUCAUAGCUCUAAUUACCUCAUUAGGUCAUUGUGAAGACUCAAGGAGAUAAUGCAUGUAACAGCACUAGCACCAUGCCUGGUAUACAAUAAGUGCUUAAUAAAUGGUAACAUUAUUAUCAUGAUCACUAUUAUUAUUCUUACUAUAUACCAGGCAUUCUCUACAGGAGCCCAGAGUUUAAAAGGAGAGACAAAUAAUCGCAGUUAUGUAUGUUCGUGUCAUGAGAAGUAUGAAGAGGGUAACUAUGAUGGCUCAAAGGAGGGAGCCCUCAACUGGGAGGGAGGGGUACAGAAAAGCAGAGAAAGUUUUGUGACUCCUGAGUUAGGUCUUAAAAAAAUAAGUAGGAGUUUGUCACGAGGCCCAGGGGGAAAGGGAUUGCAGGCAAGUGUAUCUGCCCACACAAAGCCAAAGAGGUGUGAAACAGCCGAGCCUUGAGCUAAUAGUUGGGCUUUGCUGGGCACGAACUGGGAUCUCCUGGGGGAGGGGGGGAAUCAGUGACCAAGAAUCUUUCCAGUUUAUUCCCACCAGCCCCUGAACCGCGCCUUAGGCGCCCUACCUGGCCAAUCACGUGCGACGCCCUCCUCUUCUUUCCUCUAAGCAGUCAGAGAUGGACAGCGGGUGAAGGAGAGGAGGAGGAAGAGGACUUCCGCCUGAGGCGGCGCAUUGUGUAAAGCGCCUUGCGGUGCAAAGUGCACAAGCUUCGGAGUCGGUACAGUGAACGUCCUGGGAGGAGCCCCAGGACACAACCCGGACCGCAGGACCAAGAUGAUCUCAAUACACAGCCUCUCCGAGCUGGAGCGUCUGAAGCUGCAAGAGACUGCUUACCACGAACUCGUGGCCAGGCAUUUCCUCUCUGAAUUCAAACCUGAAAGAGCUCUACCUAUUGACCGUCCAAACACCUUGGAGAAGUGGUUUCUGAUUCUGAGAGGACAAGAGAGGGCGGUAUCACUCAAGACGUUUGGCAUUCGACUGGAAGAGGUGCUGGUGAACGAGCUUACCCGCCGCAAGCAACUUGAACUGAGAGCCACGAUGCAGAUUGAAGAAGCCACCCGUCAGGCUGCGGGCCGUCGUCGGGGAAACGUGGUGCAAAGGAUGUUUGGCCGCAUCAGGCGCUUUUUCAGUCGCAGGCGGGCUGAGCCCUCCUUGCCCCGGGAGUUUACUCGCCGUGGGCGUCGAGGUGCAGUCUCUGUGGAUAGCCUGGCUGAACUGGAGGACGGGGCCCUGCUGCUGCAGACCCUGCAACUUUCCAAGACUUCCUUUCCAAUUGGCCAGCGACUUCUGGGAUCCAAAAGGAAAAUGAGCCUCAAUCCGAUUGCCAAGCAAAUCCCCCAGGUUGUUGAGGCUUGCUGCAGCUUCAUUGAGAAACAUGGCUUAAGCACAGUGGGGAUUUUCACCCUGGAAUAUUCUGAGCAGAGAGUGCGUAAGCUCCGUGAAGAAUUUGAUCAAGGUCUGGAUGUAGUGCUGGAUGACUCUCAGAACGUGCAUGAUGUGGCUGCACUCCUCAAGGAGUUUUUCCGUGACAUGAAGGACUCUUUGCUGCCAGAUGAUCUGUACAUGUCCUUCCUCCUGACAGCAACUCUGAAGCCACAGGAUCAGCUUUCUGCCUUGCAGUUGCUGGUUUACCUGAUGCCACCUUGCCACAGUGACACCCUGGAGCGUCUCCUGAAGGUCCUGCAUAAGAUCACUGAGAACUGCGAGGACUCCAUUGGCAUUGAUGGACAGUUGGUUUCAGGCAAUCGUAUGACUUCCACCAAUUUGGCUUUGGUGUUUGGAUCUGCUCUCCUGAAGGGGGGGACAUCUGCCAAGAGGGAGUCCAGGAAAACAAAACUGGGGAUUGACCACUAUGUUGCUUCUGUCAGUGUGGUCCGUGCCAUGAUUGAUAACUGGGAUAUCCUCUUUCAGGUGCCUCCCCAUAUUCAGAGGCAGGUUGCUAAGCGUGUAUGGAAAUCCAGUCCUGAAGCCCUUGAUUUUAUCAGACGCAGGAAUUUGAGGAAGAUCCAGAGCGCACGGAUAAAGAUGGAAGAGGAUGCUUUACUUUCUGAUCCAGUGGAAAACUCUGCUGAAGCCCGGGCUGCUGUCCUUGGUCAAAGCAAGCCCUUUGAUGAAGGUUCCUCUGAGGAGCCAGCUGUGCCUCCCGGCACUGCCCGUUCCCAUGACGAUGAUGAAGGAGCGGGUAACCCCCCCAUUCUGGAGCAAGACCGCCCAUUGCUCCGUGUGCCCCGGGAGAAGGAGGCCAAAACUGGCAUCGGCUACUUCUUUCCUUAGAUGUUUUUCCUUCUAUAUGGUGCCAGACAGGGGGAAAGGGUGGGGGUAGACCUGGGAUGUCACAGGAAACAUUAAGGAGAGUCUUGAAGGUAAAGAUCUGAGGGUAAGAAGGAGUUCCACCUGAUGCUCGGGUCAGGCUGUGAAUUCCAAACACACUGCCAGCCCCUUUCCUGGGGAUGCUCGGUCCCUUCAGCUGGUAAAAGUGGAGAUGUUUCUGUGUCAUGCUCAGGCGCCCUGGUGCUACCUUGCCUCUCUCUUUUACCCCUGAUCCUGGCUUUCCCUUACUACAGCUGUUCCUUUAAUUGAUGUGACAUUUGUGGUAAACACCUGUCGCAGAGAAGCUCACAAAUCUCGAGGUGCUUUCCCUCCCCCAAAGAGGAUUGCAUGCUUUUCCUGACUUUCCUACCCUCCUCCUAAGAGCUCAAUUGGAAAGGCCCUCAAGAGGCAUGCUAGGAUGUUAGGUCAGCCUACUGACAGCUGACAAUUAAUGCUAAACCAUGUCACACCAACUCAUAGCCGUGUCCCCGCAGCCACUCCACCGCCUCAGGAUAAUUUUGUCCAAAUUAUUUAGACCAAUGGCUCGUCAAACAGCCACUCCCCAAAUCCUGAGAAACCCAACUAGCUUUUCUGGGGUCAAAAGUUAGAGGAAAAAAAUUGAUUUUAUUACCUAGAUCUGUUUUACAGAUAGCUGGCAGCCACAUCCUGUUGUCAGCAAAACAGCUAGUUAGGUACAAACACAUAGUUCCAAGCAGUAAAAGUCACCUGAUUACAAAUGUUCUUAAAUAUCGUCUCUGUAGUUCCUCUAUGCAGGACGGUACAAAUUUGCGGGACAUGCUCUGGUAACACGCAGAUAUGGGUUAUGUAUGACAUCCAAAAUUAUAGCUGUUAUUGAGGGGUAACAACUGCUAAGGUCCAUAGAAUGAAGAAUGUAUUGUAUUGAGGGUUAGAAAUUGAUCACACAAUGGGUAACAACCGCAGAGCUCGAAGAUUUGUGAUUGUUAAAACUUCUCUGGCAUUUAAUCAUUAAUAAACAUCGUAUUGUGACAGCAGCA